ACAUCCAACACAAGCCUAGGCCAGUUCGAUCGUCGGGGCAGUUUUGUUUACGCUAUAUUUAUGCUGGCGGUGGUUCGAUUUGAUAUCUUGCGGGCGUUAUGUUUCGCAUGAAGGAGUUUUGAAAUGCUAAUUGGAAUUAAUGGAGGCGCCUGAAUUUCCAUCUCUACAGCCAAGAAUAGCUGAUCAGCCUUGGUUCAACAUUGACCGUCCGUGUGAUGAUGAAUCCGAGUUAACCCAACUAGAAAAAGAACACCAGAGCGCGCUCACCAGCAUUGCGCAGAGGCACAGCGACCUUAUUCCGAUCGGGAAGACAGCAGCAGAAAGAAUCCAGGUGGCCCACGAAGUGCUUGUCUUGCAGGAUGAAGAGGAGGAUGACGAUGAAGAUGAUGACAAUGAGGACGACGAAAGUGACAGCAACGAGGAUGAGGACGAUGAGCUGGAUGCAGACGACAUCAACUAUGAUCAAGACUCACCUAUGUUCCAUUAGCUGCCAUUACAAGUGAUACGAAAUUAGGAAUAAACUGUCAUAUUUUACUUA